CCUACGGCACUCCCUCGUCCCCCUCCCUGCCCUCCUGGCCUCUGUCCGGCGGCCCUCUGCAGCUGGGUUUUUAAUCUCCCAGCACCAUCACUCAGGAUGGACUCCAGACCCACCAACCUGAUGCUGCUGCUGCUUCUCACCUGUCUCCUGCACUCCUGGCAGUGUGCCAGAGGACAGUCGUCAUACACUAUAGACACCGUCAGCCUUACAAUCCUACCCAGCAGCACCGUUCAGAGCGGGACACUGGUGACCCUGCGCUGCCAGGUCAGAGUCAGCCAUGACAACAUCCCUCACCUGACACACACUUUCCAGCUCAGCCGAGACGACAUCCCCAUCAACUCCUCCACCACCACAGAGGACUCACUCGUGUAUGAGCUGAACCCGGCCCGGGCAGCUGACUCUGGGAGUUAUGAGUGUCGCGUCACAGUGAAGGACAAGAGCAGACCCAGCUAUAGCCAAAAACUCGACGUCACAGGCCUGCAGACCCCCAUCCUGUAUUUAAAUAAGACUUCACCCUAUGGGAGUGAGGAGUUCACUGCCUCCUGCAGCGCUCCGGAGGAAAAAGGAUUCCUCAUCUUCCGUUUUUUCCAGAAAUUAAGGAAUGGAAAGAUUCAGAAGAUAAAGCAGCCAGCGCCCACCGGGAACUCAGUAGAGACCACGCUAGUCCUGAGGGUGAUUGGAGACAGCCAUCUGUACUGUGACUAUGAGGUCAACUUAGUUUCUGGGGUCAGACUCUCCAACAGCAGCGAGGAGAUUCCAGUAAUAGUCAGAGAACUCUAUAUUUCCCCGAUCAUGAACGUGCUGCCCUCCCCUGAGGUCUAUGAGGGUGAGAUCAUAGAGGUGGUCUGCAAAGUGGUGAAUCCACCCAAGAACGUUGAGGUUUUCCUGACAAGAGACAGGAGGAUCCUCAAGCAGGCCCCAGUUAGCCUCAGUCAUCGAUUCAUCGCAAAAGAAGGCGACUCUGGGGAGCUUGCGUGCAAGGCGGAGUGGGGCAAUGUGCACAAAGAAACCUAUAAAACCAUCAAAGUCAAAGAGCUGUUUUCAAAGCCACAGCUGACAGUGAAGCCCGUCGACAUUUUUGAGGGAGACCACUUCCAGCUGACCUGCUCUGUCUCCAUUUAUGUUCCCGAGAAGAUCAGCAACGAAAGCAUCAAGUUCUCCAUCUACAAACAUAACAAAGAAAUCACCUCUUCAUACACUUACAUGACUGUGGCGCAGCCUUCUAAAAACGGCAACUACACCUGCAAAGCCCAAGCAGCUUCCCUCACACACAACUUUAUAAAAGAAAGCCAAACAGUUGUUGUUAAAGCAAAAGUUCCUGUUUCCAAGCCCAUGCUGAGUGUGGUGGGGGGGACGCUGGUGUUGGGAAAGCGCUUCCAGCUGCUCUGCCACAGCGACAACGGCACCCUGCCCAUCACCUACACCCUGCGCAUCCCCGAGAGCCUGACCACGGUCGCCGUGGUGAACAAACCGGGGGAGCGUGCCAUCUUUAACUCCUCAGCCAUCUACAAGACUUCGGUUCUCAACAACUUCCUAUGCCACGCAAAAAACAGCCAAAAAAGACCUCCAGAAGUGGGGUUAGGGCAGCAGCUGCUCCGCUCACACAUCAUAGAGCCUGUCUCAAGACCAGUGUUGACCACGCUGCCCGGCGCGGGGGACAUCUCCGAGGGACAGGACGUGACUCUCCUCUGCUCCGUCCAGAGAGGCUCGCUCCCCGUCAGCUACACCUGGUACCACACUGAGACGAAGGGCGCGCUCGCCUCCCAAACCUUCAACAACCUGGAAGGAUCCCACACUAUCGGCGAUGUCCAAGAGGAGCAGCGGGGGGGAUACUACUGUGUGAGCAGCAACCCGGCCAACGAAACCAAACAGAGCCUCACUGUCACCAUCGCAGUGAAGAUGGCUGGCUGGAAGAAGGGUCUCGUCGCUGUCAUCAUCAUCUGCAUCCUGCUCAUACUGGCGCUGAUCCUCAUCGUGGUCUUUAAAAGACGUCUGCUUCUGUUCAAGAGGAGAAGAACCGGCGAGCUGUCAGUGAAGUCAGCCAGCACCAAGGCGGAGCGGCUGAGCCUCACCCAGGCCGAGGCCAAUGACGCUGCUAAUGUCACCCCAGGCAUGAUAGGAAAGAGUGUUUGGAGCGAACAUGCAUCAGGCUCAGAGUCUGAGGACCAGAGUAGUGUGACCGCUCCAGAAAAGCCGCAAGAACCUCGAUACACUGAGGUGCAGCCGAUACAGGCAGACCCCAACAGAGCUCCAGUGAAGAAGGGCACAGAGACGGUGUACAGCGAAGUGAGGAAGUCAAAACAAGGUGCUCCAGAGCAGGCUGAUGGUACAUCUCUCAGCCAGCAGCAGUUUGGUGAUCCAGCUCUCUGUCGCUCCUCUCAGGGGUCGUUGGAGUAUGCAGAGCUGAAUCACGACACGCAUCACAGUCACAGUGAGGACCAGGGUAACCAUGGUGACCACCACACUGUCCAGGAAGACUACAUAGACGAGAUUGACGACAACGUUCUAAUCCCCAUUCCUGACCACGGGGAAGGAAACCCAGACCCAACGCCAGACUGCUAACUAAGCAACAAGAAUAUUUAUUCCCUUUUUCUUAGGAGUCUUUUAUUCUGAAAGACCUCAAACAGUGCUUCAUGUACUUAUUGUAACGCUUUGCAAGGAACAUCCCACGCUGUAAAUUCACUUGCUUUGUCUUUCAAGAGCAAAAUAAAUAGUUUUUUUUAAGUGAA